AGUGGGACGAUGUGGAGAGCUUUCUGCCAGAAAGCGUAUAUAAACCUGGUAACGAAAUACCUAGAGAGUUUGUACCACCUGAAACAAAGGAGGGCGAUACAAUCAAGAUUGGAGUUGGUGAAGUGUUUGAUUUGUCCAAGUUUUGGUAUAUUUAGAUUAUGGAAAUUUGGACAAUCUCAUGGAUGAAUUGCAGGAUUUCUAUGCAACAAAUGCCUCGAUACUCGAUGAAUGAAAGUUUGAUAAGAGAAGGGGUCUACUGUGCAAAAAUUAUUUAUGGAGAGUAUCAUAGGGCAGUCAUUGUUGAUGUUUUACCCGAGGUCAAAGAUAGUAUAAAGGUGUUUCAUUGAUUACGGUACGAUGACCAAAGUACCAAUCAAGGACAUCUGUUUCUUACACGAGAGGUUCGCUGAGCUGCCAGCGCAAGCGAUCCGGUGUCGCUUGGCCGACAUUUGCCCGACACAAGAAUGCGUGCCUUGGAGUCAUGACGCCACUGUAACGUUCAGAAACAUGACCAGGGAUCGAACCAUCGAUGCUAAAGUGGCUAGGAUAAACAGGAAGGAACAAAUUCUGGAAGUGUACCUGAUCGACGUCACCAAUCCAUCCAAGCCAUUUUGCAUCAACACAAGAUUGGUAGAACUUGGACUAGCCACAUACCCCGAUCAGGUAAUAAUCGAAACCACGCGUCCAGUUAAGGAGAGCAAAAGAAAAGUGUUUCUUAGGCUGUUGGCUGAGAAGCGAAAGUCUAGGCUGAGUGAGACAGAGUGGCAAGGAGAUUAG